UGCUCGGUUGCCCUCCAAGGUUCCAUCUCUGUUACUUUUUCACUGUGUUCGUCUUUCCUCCCUGGAGUUGCAUUUGACUGUCUCACUCACUCUCCCUCUCCCUUUCUCCCUAUUGCGAGUCGUCGGUUCCUUGUUUGCCAUACAAAAUCCAAUAGUUUGCCUGGUGCCUCGCGAGGACGAGCAUGCAUUUUGCAUUUUGCCUGUCGAGGAAGGAAAAGUUCGAGAGAAUAUCAAGGGUGUUUCGUGUUUUGUGAAACAAAUGUUGUCCUGGCUCACUGUGUUAAUCGUGAGUCGUUCGUGCGGACCUAGAGACGGAAAUACGAGGGCUUCUGCGUAGCGUCUGGCCCGUCCUGUUCUUCGCGAAGUUUUCGCAGGGCUUUUUUUUCUGUCUGAACAAGCCGCUCAGAGAAAAGGGAACGCGUGCACUGGGGGGCAUGAGGCUUUCGCGAGUCGUGUGCAUGCGUGAAUGUAACGCAGACGGGAAGAGGAAGUGUACGUAAGGACAGGAGAGUGCGUGUAUAUUAAAAGGCGGCUCGGCCGCCUCCUUGCGGGAGAGCAAAGCUCAGGCUGAACCGUUUCUUCUUCGACCCACUGGACGGCCACCGGCAGCAAAAUGCCGUUUCCAAUGUGAUUUGAGAUGAAACGCGUUCGUGGGGUGGAUGAGGUAGUGUCAGCAGCAGCAGCAACGUUGAAGCAUUCUUCAGUGGCCAGUGGUGGUGGCUUAGGAGGAAACGGAGGCGGUGGCCUAGGAGGCGGUGGUGGUUUGGAAUACCGUUCUGGUGCUGGAAUAGGAGUUAGUGUUGCAUCUAGCCAACUGGUCAGAUCAGUCACUUCCAAAGAAAUGCCGGGUAGCGUCCAAUUUGGCACAGUCCAGACUCAACAGCAAUAUACUGGCGCCAUUGUCGUGCCUACAGCCGCAUCUUCUGCCAUAAAGGGUAAUGGAGGUACCGGAGGACUUGGUGGUUCGUGUGGUAGCAGUGGGAUAGUUAGUGGUGCAAAUCUGCAUGGAAGUGGUUUGGGAGGUGGCGGAGGGCACACUAUGGGUCCUCAGCAGCCUGCUCCUGGCUCACAGCCGCAGACACAUACCCAACAACCGCCUGCAAUAAGGCAUAAGGUGCAUUCAAGCAAUGUCACACCUCUAGCACCCGCACCAGCAGGUAGUAGCUUAAGCGGUGGAAGUGGAUCUCAGCAAUUUCAAAGAUUAAAAGUCGAGGAUGCCUUGUCCUAUUUGGAUCAAGUCAAGUACAAAUUCAGCGAUCAACCCCAGGUAUACAACGACUUCCUCGAUAUCAUGAAGGAGUUCAAGUCGCAAAGUAUAGACACACCAGGUGUCAUUACAAGGGUGAGCCACUUAUUCAAGGGUCACCCUGAACUCAUCGUCGGUUUCAAUACGUUCCUACCACCUGGUUAUAAAAUUGAAGUACAGGCAAAUGAGCAGGGUUAUGCUUUCCAAGUUUCCGUCAGUAUGCCAAGCCCUACCGCCACGCACACUGCAACGCUGUCCCAUCAUUGCACCGUGAACGUAGGUUCACCACCAAUUGCGAGCCCACCAACUCAGCCUGCUAAGGCGCCACCUGUCCUACAAAUAAUGCAAGGAUCCAGCACCAUACAUCAUUCUAUGGCGAAUAACAUUUCCAAUAACAGUCUAACUGUUCACGCACCGUCACCACCGCCAGUCCAAACGUACAAUAAUUCCCACGUGAGCGCUGCACAAGCACAGGCCGUCAGUCAAGCAUUGAGUCAAGCUCAGGAUGGAGUCCCGAACAGCGGACAAACUCAACAAAGUCAACCCGUUGAGUUCAAUCAUGCUAUCAACUACGUGAAUAAGAUCAAGAAUCGGUUUCAAGGCCAACCGGAUAAGUACAAGAGGUUCCUAGAAAUUCUGCACACCUACCAGAAGGAACAAAGGAACUUGAAGGAGUCCAGUGCUCAUGUGGGAGGUGGUCCUGGUGGAUGUGCCAGUGGUGUUCCUACUGGUGGAAAACACUUGACGGAAGCCGAAGUAUAUAGUCAGGUUGCCAAGCUCUUUGAAAAUCAGGAAGAUCUCCUUGCGGAAUUUGGACAAUUUUUGCCUGAUGCUACCAAUCAACAAAGUGCCCUGUCUGCUAUGUUUCAGAGUAACAAGGCUGGGGCGGUUAACGAUCAUUCGACGAUCGUUAAAAAACCGCUAGGAGUGAAAACGUCAUACAACAACUCAGGCAGCAUACCCCGUGGCGAGCACCGGGAACCCGGCGGAAUCGGCAACCUGGACAGGGAAACUCGGGAGAGUCAUCGUGAUCGCGAUCGCGAUCGUGAACGGGAACGGGAACGGGAACGUGACAAUCGCGAGAGAGACAAUCGGGAUCGUGGUGGAGCUCGUGAACUCAACAGUGGCCAAAAAUUCGGUCAUAGUGCUGGCCAACUCAAACGAAGCCCUUCGUUCUCAACUUCGGCCACCACGGGAAAUUCUCAUCACGCUCCUCACGGUCCACCGCCUCCCAAGAAACACAAAAUGGCUUCGAUGCGAGACGUCAGCAUCGCAGAAGCAGGAAAAUACGGCGGAUUGACGGACUACGCGUUCUUCGAUAAGGUGCGUAAGGCGCUGAGGUCACAGGAGGUUUACGACAACUUUCUGCGGUGUCUGGUAUUAUUCAAUCAGGAAAUCGUAUCGAAAUCCGAAUUAGUGCAGCUCGUGACUCCCUUUCUUGGACGCUUUCCUGAGCUUCUACGAUGGUUCAGGGACUUCCUUGGUCAUUCGACUGACUCAACGACGACGAGUUCCGCCAACGCGACUAACCUAAACGUGGAAGCACUUCCGAAUAAUGUUGUGCGCAGCCAUCAGGAACGUCCUCAAGGAGAUCUCGCGAUGGAGAUCGAUUACUCAGCGUGUAAGAGACUUGGGGCUUCUUAUUGUGCUCUGCCGAAAUCAUAUAUACAGCCAAAGUGUACCGGACGGACUCAGCUCUGUAAAGAAGUCCUUAAUGAUACCUGGGUAUCGUUUCCGACUUGGUCGGAGGAUAGUACCUUCGUCACGUCCAGGAAAACGCAGUAUGAGGAAUUUAUCUAUCGUUGCGAGGACGAGAGAUUCGAAUUGGAUGGCGUGAUAGAGACCAAUGCUGCUACGAUAAGGGUGCUCGAGGGUGUCCAUAAGAAGAUGAGUAGGAUGGCCCAGGAGGAACUUCAAAAGUUCAAACUCGACGAUUGCCUUGGUGGAUGCUCGCCAACGAUACAUCAGCGAGCGCUCAAGAGGAUAUACGGUGACAAGGCUGCGGAUAUUAUCGAUGGUUUAAAGAAGAAUCCUGUGGUGGCGGUUCCCGUUGUUCUUAGGAGGCUCAAGAAUAAGGAGGAGGAAUGGCGGGAGGCUCAGAAAGGUUUCAAUAAGAUCUGGCGAGAACAGAACGAGAAAUAUUACCUGAAAUCUCUGGAUCAUCAAGGCAUUAAUUUUAAGCAGAACGACGUUAAGGCCCUGCGUUCCAAGAGCCUGUUUAACGAGAUCGAGACUUUGUACGAUGAGAGGCACGAACAGGUGGAUCAAGGUACUGAAGGUCAAACCGGUGGAGGUCCACAUCUCGUUCUCUCCUACAAGGAUAAGUCCGUCCUUGACGACGCGGCGAAUCUUUUAAUCCAUCAUGUUAAACGACAGACUGCCAUUCAUAAGGAGGACAAGCAACGAAUAAAACUUCUCCUCAAGCAUUUCAUCCCAGACCUUUUUUUCCACCCGCGACAAGAGCUCAGCGACGACGAGCGAGACGAGGAUGAUGACAAGGACGAAGCGGAUGUAACCGUGAGUGGCGCAAGUGGAAAUGGUAAUAAUAGUGGUAACGGAACUGGAGCUGGAAGCGGUGGUGGAAGUGGUAAUUCUCAAACUGUGUCUUCGUCGAACACAUCCGCGCAUACCGGUAUGGGUCUCCAGGGUACCAGGAACAAGACGACAACGUCUCCGGGUCUCCAAACGACGCCGAUAAAAGUGGAACACGACGUAAAGGUGCCGAUUCACGCGCUUUCCGUCGAUCCUGAGGAGGCGUACACGCUCUUCAUGGGCAGCAAUAACUGGUACCUCUUCCUGAGGUUACAUCAGAUACUCUGCGAACGCCUGACGAAGAUGUACGAGAGGGCCGUGACACUUGCCGAUGAGGAGUCGCGAUACAAACAGCAACGCAAGGAGAGCACCGCCGUAGCGCUCAGGUUAAAACCAAAAAACGAGAUCGAAAUAGAGGACUACUAUCCUGCCUUCCUUGAUAUGGUGAAGAACGUUCUAGACGGUAAUAUGGAGAGUACAGCCUACGAGGACACGCUGAGAGAGAUGUUUGGCAUUCACGCGUACAUCGCCUUCACUCUGGAUAAGGUUGUCACGUAUGCAGUGAGACAAUUGCAGCAUUUGGUGUCGGAUCCAACGUGCCAGCAGUGCAUGGAGCUCUUUCAGCGAGAGCAGCGGCAGCCAAAGGAGAACAACGGGGCAGGUGGUCCAUGUGCCACGGCCUACCUUCGGAUCGGUGCCGAGAUGGCCUAUCAGCGUAAAGCAGAAAAAGCUAUGGCUGAUGAGAACUGCUUCAAGAUAUACAUAUACAAGAAAGACUGUAAAAUGACGAUGGAGCUUCUGGACACAGAGGGUGAGGAUACGGCCGAGGGCAGUUGUAGAGAGAGAGAAAGGGAGAGAGAGAGAGAGAGGGAGAGGGAUAGAGAGAGAGAAGGAGUGAACGCCUCCGAGAAAUGGUCGACGUACGUCGAGAGGCUCUCGGCACCGAGCAUCGUCGGCGUUGGCGUCGACCAGACCAGUCCCAAGGAAACCCCAAAUUCCACGGCGGACACCGAGCCAUCGGCUAAUCAUCCUGUGAGUAGCGACCAGGCAGCAAAGGGGGGCAGGGGCAGAAAGCGCAAGAACACUGAAAUUAACAAGAAGAUUGAUGGAAACGGUUGGGGCUCGUCAGGGCGACUAUUGGCAGGUCGCAAGCCGGUCUUUCUCUGCCGAAAUGUGAGACAGUGGAGGAAACAGGCAGCCAGGACGAUGAGAUCGAAUGCCCAGAGUAAUGCCGUUCACGGGGAGAAAAUUGCGAAUAGUAACGACGCUGAGAAAACAUUGGAGAGCGUCGGCGCCCUUUUAGAAAGGCCACCGGCUUUGAGGAUCACGAAUACAGGGGAUGGCUCUGACAUCGUCGCCUCGGACGAUACCCAAUGCAGAUUCAAUCCUAACAGCUAUCACAUGCUCUACGUCGCCAACAAGGAAGCUGUCCUGUACAAGCAGAACUCGUUUACCCGUGCCAGAGAGUGUCAUCCGGCAGUGACGAAGCGUCUAAAUGUAAAAUUCCACCGGUGGUUGGGGAGCUGGGCGUCGAAAAACGUAGCCGAUACGCAACAUCGUCAGUGCCAGGACUGGUUAAUGGGCCGAUAUGAAAAUUUGAUACCCCACAGGACACGAGUGGUUACCGAUAACGAUCAGAGUCGCUCCCCGUACAGACAGUACAAUCGGUAUCGAGUGGAUCGUCUACAGUCGGAUUCCCCAACGGAACAAUCUGGGUAGCACUUGCGACCCUUUUUAAAUUCCCCAGGUCCUCUACUCCCGUAGUCAGUACCUCACGAACUCUGAUUUUCCCCACAUCUCAAAGGAUCCAAUCCUAACUUCCUCUUUGGCUGAUCGAUCGUGCAGUGAAUCGUAGAAAACUUUGUUAGAGUUUCUCAUCGCAGAACUCAAUGGACCAUUGGAGUUUUAUAUACGAGUGAUAACUGUUAUGUGCUUGCGCAAAACUGUCUAUUCCGUGUGCGGAGGAAACGCAUGACGUUUGGAGCUUCGUACGAGGACGCAGAUUGCCCAGUGAAUCGCCUUUCUUCUAUAUUCUUUACAUUUUGCUACGGGAGAUGUGAUCGAUUUAUAUAUAUAUAUUUAUAUAUAUAUAUAUGGUUGUGCGAUACUUGUCCCUUGUCUUCAUCAUCAUCAUCAUCCCUUGGAUUAUACCGAAAGAUUCGUCUAAUAGACGCCAAGACACUCGCGGAUGGGUGCAUCUUGAAUUUUCACACUAUUUAAGAUAAAGAAGUGCGUCGAUCGUUAUGCAUCGUCAUCUCGAUCAGGUAAAGCGUCGUUUACCUGUUAGAGAGGAACGAUUACUAGAACCGUGUAUCGAUACAGAUAUUUUAUUUUUUUACGACACGUGGCAAAGGACUUUUUUUUUUACUUGUUCUCACUUUAUUUCUUUCCUUGAUCGACUUUCGUUAGCGCCAACUGGAUAAUGUAUCUCCGUUUGGAAUUUCAGAAGUAGCCUUUAUUUUUUUCUCUUUCCUUUCUCGAGCCUCUUCUUUUAACCGAACGCCUUGGCCACGGUGCAUUUUAUGUUUUACUUGUACACGGAAAUCAAUAAUCGUUCUUGGCCGUAAUAAGCCUUGUCUGAUCCUGGUGACUGUAACUGGGAAGGUAAAAAAAAAAAGAAAAAGUAAUUGUACAGCAGAAAAUCUACUGAGCGGAUUCGGGAAUCGAGCCAUCUCUUUAUAUCCUGCGCGAGGAUAUGAUUGUUGCUAUGUUUUGUAAAAAAAAAAAUAAUAAUAAAAAUGGCAUUAGUAAGUCCUGACGUUCAAAAUCAUAA